GCGGUGCGCCGUGCCUGCGCUCCUCGCCGCCUCUUCCCGCCGCCCGCCGCAGUGGUCGGGCGCGUGUGCGCGGCGCCGUGACCCGACCCGCCCCGCCCCCGCCCCGCCCGGCACCGGCCUCCACCGGCACCCCCGAACGGGCUCGCAAGCAGCCCCUGUCUCCAGCCCCCCGCCGCCAUGGCCGACGAGCUCGACUUCACCACGGGCGAUGCCGGCGCCUCGUUCACGUACCCUAUGCAGUGCUCGGCUCUGCGGAAGAACGGCUUUGUGGUGCUCAAGGGCCGCCCCUGUAAGAUCGUAGAGAUGUCCACUUCCAAGACGGGCAAGCACGGCCACGCCAAGGUGCAUUUGGUUGGUAUUGAUAUCUUCACUGGUAAAAAAUAUGAAGAUAUUUGCCCAUCAACUCAUAACAUGGAUGUUCCAAAUAUCAAGAGGAAUGAUUACCAGCUGAUAGGUAUUCAGGAUGGGUAUCUCUCCCUGCUGACAGAAAGUGGUGAAGUUCGUGAAGAUCUAAAGUUGCCAGAAGGGGAUCUUGGCAAAGAAAUAGAAGGAAAAUUCAAUGCCAAUGAAGAUGUGCAGGCAAGUAUAGAUGGCAGACAGGACACAUUAUGGUUAAUUCUGCUUGAGAAGUCAUACUUUGAUAUUGACCACUUGUAUCUCUGUGAAGGGUGGGUAGAGAAGCAGGGAAAUUGGUUCUUCGAGAUGCAGAAGGACUUUUUUUGUACUGGUGCACUCAGUAUGGCACUGAAGCCUGGCCCAGUUGUCAAUAAGACAAUAGGUGUAGCUCUGAAAUAUCUAGAUAAAUCCUAACAGUCCUGACCACACAGUGUGGAUUGGAGCCUCCAGGCUUUCUUAAUUGCUGACAGGUGUAGAGUUUUGUGACAUAGUCUGGGUAGUCUAAUUUGCUGUUAGCAAACCUGUCUGCAAGUAGCUCUGCAGACUACAGUCUGUGCUGGACCACACCUAGUCACUGUCUAGGCUCUGUUGCAGGAGCUUGUUUCUCUUCCUCUGUGGUAUGAACCUCAAGCUGCUGGCCAAGGCAACAUGGCAAAGGGAAGGCAGUAGAAGAGCAAAUUGAUAUCUGUCAUAAGUGCAAUGAAUGAAGAAUGUGCUGUAGCCAUAAAGCCUUGCAAAUAAAGAGGAUCACCAGGCUCGGGCAGCUGCUCAGGUCUGGACAAACCACAGAUCUAUAAAUUUGGUUCCUAUUGUCACCAAAGCUCUGGCCUUCACAAGCAACCUCAUUUCUUUUUUGAAUUGUUAAAAAGCAGUGCUGGAUUCUGGAUUAGUGUUGCAGGCUAACUGGCAGUUUUCAAAAUCACUGAGAUUUUAAUUCCUUAAUCGUAACUAUUUUAACAUUCCUGUGGGUUUCAGCUAUGGAUCUGAGAAACCAAUCAGGUGUUACUAGUGAAUAUAUUUUUAUUUGCUUGAGCAAAACAGUGUUUGUCUGUAUGAACAGACAAAAUACAGUAUUCAGGGGCUUUUAGAUAAGCUGGUAGGUAUCUAGGAUUAUAAAGUGACCUAGAGCACAAAUAGUAUUUUUCUUGACAUGUUUAGGUAGAACUGACGAUAAAACAAUAAAAGUAGCUUUUUUUUUUUUUAAUGCUUAAGUAUUUUGUGGAUUGGGACUCUUGCAGAACUGUAGGUGCCAAUCGCAACUUUUAGACCAAGAAACUCAAGUGAUCAAAAAUGCCAGCUGGCUUGACCAAGCCCCAGUGGCCAUGUGCAACUUAACUGUAUUACCUCUGUUUUCUUCUUUGCCAACUUGUUGGCUUAUUUUGAUGAUAAAAUGGUGUCAAAAGCCUACCUGUGGUUUAGGCAGGCAGUUGGAAUAUUGGGUAGAUGAGACAUAGAUAGGUCAAGGGGACACAAAGGUGAGAACGGAUGUUAAAGCUAUAGACUUUCACUCGAGGCCUUUGUCAGACUUGAAAAAAUAAAAUAGUUCAAUUGCUUUCCUUUAUUUUAUUUAUCUUAAACUAUAAAAGGGUGACAAGCUCCACGGAAAUCUGUUGCAGUGCUUCCAGCUUUAGAUUUUAAUCUUCAGGUGUAGACCAUAUUUUUGUAGCACAGGGACCACGGGUUUUCUCAAAAAGUGGGACAAACUGUAGCAUCGAGCCUAAACUAAAUGCAUGUGAUUCUUUUUAAAAAAUAAAACUAUGGUAUUUUCAAACUAUAGACUUUACAGACAAUACUGAACAACCAUGGCUUAACUAUAAAAGUAAGUAAAUUGCUACAUAGUUAUGAAAGCUAGCUCCCAUCCAGAGGCGUUAUGAGUCACUGAAACAUGCAUGCAUGCCUCUAGUUAGUAGCUUAAUGGGCAAACACAAGGCUUCAUAGCAAUAGUUAAUGGAAGGAUAACUAGUGUUCCUGUUUAAGGCGUUCAACUUGAAUUCUAAAACUUGGUGACUCUUCAUGAGUGGGAAACUCUUAGUCUGUGGUUCAGACCUCUCUUCACAGUUGAUAAAAUUGCUUCAUGAGCUUGCCUUAAGCUUCAGUGGCUGUUGGCUGAUUGAGGAUAACUUUUAAGCAUGUAGCAUUCUGCCCUGGAUACAUGCUCCAUUCACAGUGGGCCGUGAAAGUCAGAGGUCAUACUCCUGUGAACUGUUUAAAAUGUUUUCAGCUUAAUAGUAUAUACUCCUUAAUCCCCAGAGGGCUCAUGGCAACUGUCCUGAACUGCCCUUGUACAUACUAUGGCAGGGCUUAGCAAAUCUUGGGGGCCUAAUGUAUAUGGCGAAAACAUGUGUUUUCUACAGGCUUCUUGUGACAGGGAGAGCAGUACCAGUGAAGGUAAAGACAGCAAUAAAUAUACUCUGGUAAUAAAGCACAGUUACCUGGGACACAGAAGUAAGAGACUGCCACAUGCUCUUGCCUAGCACAACGCACAUUGCAGGUGAACUCUAUAAAAACGCCUGGAUUGAAAUGGCAAAACUGCUUAAAAAAAACACCUGUAGACACAAGAGAUUGAGAUGCAUUCAGAAUAGUUUUGACAUGCAUGCUGAAUAGUUCAAGCUAGUCUGCACUGUGCUCCUUUGUUUCUCCAUUGAAAAGGUACCUGAAAGACAGGCUCUGUGGGCUUUGGAGGUGAUGGUGAAACCAUUGAUGGUAUUGACAGCAAGGUGAGCUGUGUGGGAAGUCAUAGGUUGCUAUGGCAAACUAAUGCAAGUUCUAAUGCUAUCACUGUAUUACAAGUACUUACAAUAUGCUUGAAAACUGCAAGACUCUGAUUUGUCCCUGUUCUGGUAGUGCUUUAGUUUACUUUCAGGUGCCUGUCUGUCCUCUAAAACUUUGUUGGAAGACAGGUAUUUGAUGCCACUGGCCCACAGUCUGAGCAUUAACUUAACCUGCGAGCUCUCCAGGACAAAGGCUGGAUUUUGUCCUGUUCCUACAAGUGGGGUUCUGGUCUCACUGGAGUUUACAGGUACUACAGCUAUCUAAAGAUAAAGGUUUUAUGACCUCCAGCUUGCUGGAAGAGCCUUCCUUGGGACUUACAGAUGUCCUUCUAUUGCAACCUUCAGUUCUGCAAGAUUUAAAUGAUUAAGUACUUCAUUAUAGGUUUGUUCUUAUAUACUUAGUUGUCUUUUGUGAAGCACUUCGAACACUAUGGAAGUGCAGAGCAUUUGCUUGUCAUGCAUGAAGUUUCCCAUAGUUAAUAAUACAUAAGCAUGAGUUAAGCAUAAUCGCAAAGUUUCAGUAAGGUUAAAAGUUGCUUCUAAAUUAGAACAUGUAUUUGAGGCAUUUUUUUCCAGAGUAAGAUGUUUCAGUUUACUGUCAGAAUUGUUUGCAACAAACUUUGUGAUCAGUAGUUCAUAUAGACGCGUAUUUUUAAGAUCCCUAACCAAAUGCUUAGGGAAGUUCUCCUUUCAUAGCUUUACUUUAAAACAAAUCUUACUGAUGUACUUGUUCUGUAGUACUGUCUUAACACUUAAAUUGUGUCAAAACUGAAAACUAUAAUCUUCUAAAACCUGAUGGCAAUUGCUUAGAGUAAAGACUGUGAAACCUAGGAGGUAAAGAAAACUAUUCCCAGUUCAAAUAAUGCAUUUUUUUAAUGGCUCCAAUUCACUGAGUUUCUCCUACUAAUUUACAGAAUUGGGAAAACCGCAGUGUUUCCUGCCUCAAGUGUUGGCAAGUAAUACAUUAAGAUUUCAAUAGAUCCUUCUAAUUUUUGCUUAUAAUGGUGGUUUUUCAACUAGGCUCUUGCUAGUUGAGCCAUGUUCUCAGGGCUGUUUUUUUUCUUAAGAAGUUAGCUGAAUUUUGUUUUGACGUAACUGCUUUCAAGCCUCUUGCAGGUUUUUCUAAUCCACAGUGUAUACAGAAAUGGUGCACGAUCUGUAGUUUCAAAAUACAGGUGAUUUUGCAUAAUCUGUAAAGAAUUCAAACUUGUUGACAGUUCAGACUCUUAUGGUUACUGCAGGUCAGUCUCACAGAAUUCAGAAUUCAAUAAAUCCCACUUUUUUUUUUGGUUGAGUAAUUAGAAUGUAGUUUGUUACAGUAGAACUAAACUUCAGGAGAAAAGGACCUUGUUAAGGAUAUUUCAAGUAUCUCGCUUAUACACAGAGAAUGUUAACGAAGGUGUUGAUCCUGGAGGUGUUGUAGUGGGAGCAUGGUGGAGCAAUUUGCAGUCUGGUGUGGGCAUGCCAAGAUGGGCAGAGGCCUCUCCAGCACCUACAGUCUGGCCCUACAGUAUUUGGCAUCUGAGAGUAACUUGGUUUGUGAGUUGAAACCCGAAUGUUUGCUGUGUAUUGCUGUAUCGCAGAAAACCCCUGCUGUCCUGUGCUGUAUAUUUAAGCGUUAUUGUUUGGUGUGGCUUUCAGAACUCUGGGGAAAGAGGAAUGAUGGUGAUGACUGCUUUUCCUGGUGAUGGUGAAAACCAAGCCCUGUAACUGGUGUGAGCCGGGAGCAGCAGCCCUGGUGGUUCAAAUGUGUGUGUGUUUUGGAAGCUGUAUUGUUUUCAACACCAUGCCAAUGAUCAGGGGAAAGAUGUAUGUUCACUGUUUUGCUCCAGAACUAAUAAAGAUGUCAGUGCUGCGGG